UUGCCAAAUCACGAUUAUGAACUAUGGGUUGAUGGAAUGUCAAAAUAAAAAUACUUCAAUGAAGUAGUUUUUAAAACGUGUACUAAAUUCAGAUGAUAACACUUUUUCAAAAGAGUAUUCAAAAUGAAUUUACCUGGCAAUGGAAUUUUUGUAGUAAAAGGUGAAAUAUCUGUUUUGAUGAUAGCAAUGCGCCGUGGAACAAGAUGGUCUUCACACUCCUAUCAAGAAGAUGAUGCCCUUAUGAAAAAUUUUCAGGAACUCCGUGAAAUACUUGAUAAUGUAGAUGACUUGAGAUUUGUUGAACCCAUCACUUUUCUGUCACCUUUUUUAAAUGUUAUAAGAUCUGAAGAAACUACAGGUCCUGUCACCAGUUUAGCAUUAUCAUCUGUUAACAAGUUUCUAUCAUAUGGUAUCAUAGAUCCUAUGCACGCCUCGAUACCACAAGCUAUACACAACAUUGCAGAUGCUGUUACACAUGCAAGAUUUGUAGGAACAGAUCAGUCCUCAGAUGGUGUAGUUUUAAUGAGAAUCCUUCAGGUAUUGAGAACUCUCACUUUAUCUCCCGAGGGGGUUAAUCUAACAAAUGAAAGUUUAUGUGAAAUUAUGCUGUCAUGCUUCAGGAUAUGUUUUGAAACAAGACUCAGUGAACUUUUGAGAAAAACUGCUGAGCAUUAUUUGAAAGAUAUGGUUCACUUAGUUUUUAUGAGACUUCCACAGUUUUGUGAGGAUUUAAGAACAACCAGUAUAAAACAGUUUCAAAUGCGUACGGGAACUUUGGACCAGACUAGAACAAAACGAAAAAAUAAACAGACAUACCGAAAAAGAGAAAAAGUUGAUUCUGAAGGUAUUCAGUCCUUUGUUCCACCAAAAGUAGUUCAAGAUUCAACUCCAAGUUCCAUAUCGUCAACACCAUUAACAACCCUAUCUGUUAGUAAUGUAGUAGAUUUACAAGGUUCUAUUUUACAAAAUAUUCAUUCCAUGAGUUGUGAUACCAUUGAAGUAAGUGAACUUUCGUUUCCAUCACCUGUUCAGAAUGAAGGUUAUAUAUCUGAUUUGGAGUCAGGUAUUUUUAGUACUCAAUCUAAUAAUUCAGAAAUGAAAAAUGUUCAAUGUGACGAUCAAAUUUCAAAUACCACUGAACACAAUCAUCAUGUUGAGACUGAAGUAUCCCAAAUUAACUCACAGGAUGAUAUAACAAAAGCAAAAGAAACCGUCAAUGAUGGCACAUGUGAUUCUUCAAAUGAUUCUAGUCAAGAGUAUGUUAAUCAAAGAGGUAUAAGGUUUACCCCACAACUCCACCAAGAACUAAUAUUGUCUCCAUACGGCCUUGCAUGUGCCAGAGAGCUUUUCAGAUUUUUAAUAAGUCUUUGCAAUCUAUUAGAUAAACAAAAUACUGAUGUUAUGAUUCAUCUAGGAUUGAUUUUAUUAACCGUAGCAUUUGAAGUUGGUGCUGAAAGUAUAGGAAGAUACAACACUUUACAGUUUUUAGUCAAAGAUGAUUUAUGCAGAAAUUUAUUUUCUUUAAUGAGUACUGAACGGCUCUCGGUGUUUGCUGCAGACUUACAAGUAGCAUUUUUGAUGUUCCAAUCUCAAAGGAGUUUUUUGAAAUAUCAGUUGGAAUUCUAUUUAAAAAAAUUGAUGGACAUUUUAUCGAGCGAUUCAACUAAGAUAACCCACGAACAUAGGGAAAUUGCUAUGGAAAACCUGCUCCAGUUGUGGAGAAUACCUGGUUUCCAUACUGAGUUAUAUUUAAAUUAUGAUUGUGACCUAUAUUGCCUCAAUCUAUUUGAAGAAUUUACAAAGUUGUUAGCCAAAUUUACGUUUUCUGCGACAAAUGGAUUGAAUCAAACACAAUUGUUGUCAUUGGAUGCACUUCUUAUCACUAUUGAAGGAAUUGAAAAGCGAUGCAAAGAGAAAAGCAAACAAAAAAUAUUAAAUAAUGAAAUAAGCUUAAAUGACAGUGGAUCUAGAGAAAAUAUAUAUAAUUAUAAUAGAUCUUCAAAAGUGAAAUCAGCUGAUAAUGUGCCAAAUAAGGAAGAGCUAGCACAUAAAAAGUUUUUGAAAAAAUGGUUACCUCAGGGUACAGAGUAUUUCAACCAAAAACCUAAAAAAGGUAUAGAAUUUCUUCAAGAACAUGGGUUUCUUAAACCUGUAUUAGACAUAGAAGAAAUUGUGAUGUUUUUGCGAGAAAAUCCUGGUCUAAGUAAAGCUAUGAUUGGUGAAUACAUAAGCAAUAGGAGCAAUCUGAAGAUUUUAGAAGCUUUUGUGAAAACAUUCAACUUUACAGACGUUAGGAUAGAUGAAGCUUUGAGAGCGUUUUUGGAAUCUUUCAGAUUACCUGGUGAAGCACCUACAAUUUCACUUAUUUUAGAACAUUUUGCAGAUCAUUGGCACAAAAGUAAUGGGGAACCUUUUGCUGAUGUUGAUUCAGCCUUUACUUUGGCCUAUGCAAUAAUUAUGUUGAAUGUGGAUCAACAUAAUGAAAAUGCAAAAAAACAAACUGUACCAAUGAGUGCUUCUGCAUUUAAAAAGAAUUUGAAAGGCGUUAAUGGUGGAGAUGACUUUGAUGAAGAACUACUUGAUGAAAUUUAUAAUACAAUAAAAAAUGAUGAAAUUGUCAUGCCUGCAGAACAAGCGGGUAUCAUCAGAGAUAAUUACCUCUGGAAGUUACUGUUACGGAAAGGUCAAUCAAAAGAGGCUUCGUAUGUUCAUGAAAAUAGUGGCACAUAUGAUUUUGAAUUAUUCCAGAUUCUAUAUGGUCCAGCUGUGUCUGCUCUAUCAUCUGGUUUUGAAAAGAGUGACAAUCCAAGUAUAUACAAAAAAAUAAUGAAGGGAUUUGAACAGUGUGCCUUUAUAGCUUCUAAUCUGAAUAUUCCUAAGAGUUUAGACAUGCUUCUUUUGACAAUCUCUAAAUUUUCUCUAUUCCAUAAUGGGGGAAGACAAAACAAUGUUGUUAUUCAGUUUGGAGCAAAUAAUAAAGCACAAUUGGCAUUGAAAACUUUUUUUGCCUUGUUCCAUCUUCAUGGCAAUAGCAUUACAGAAGGUUGGAAAACUUUGUUUGAUCUAAUGUUGUCCUUAUACACCAAUGACUUGCUCUCCAAAACUUUCACUGAAAUUGAAGAUUUCAUUGAACCAAGUGGAAAAUUUGUGUUACACUUUGAAGAGGCUCCCAAUUUGGAAAAACAAGAUACAGGUCUCUUAAGCUCAUUAUAUUCCUACAUGGUUUCAGCUGAAAAUCUCUCGAAAGUACCAACACCUGAGGAACAAUAUUUUAUUGAAAUAACCAAAGAAUGUAUAAAAGAUUGUAAUUUGGAUCAGUUGAUAACCGACUCUAAAUUUCUCCAUGAAAAUGCUCUUCUGGAAAUGGUUAAAACUUUGAUAGAGUUAUCCAGAGGACCUGACAUUCAAGAAAGCCUGGGGUACAACUAUAAUCAGAAUGUAACAGUGUUUUUCUUGGAACUCCUUAUAAAAAUUGUUAUGCAAAAUAGAGAUCGAGUAAUGUCAAUAUGGCAGAAUGUACGAGACCACAUAUAUACUAUUGUAAUGAAUGCAUCUCUGUUUGAUUACCAGUUCCUUCUGGAGAGGUCAGUAAUAGGAUUAUUACGAAUAGCUAUACGUUUGAUGAGAAACGAAGAAAUGAGUCAUAUAGUUCUGCAGUCACUUCGAAUGCUUCUUCUGCUGAAAAGUAGUACAUUAAGCAGAAUAUCCCGACAGAUCUCGUUUGGAUUAUUUGAAUUAUUGAAAACUUCUGCACAGAAUAUACAUACUAAUACUGACUGGACGAUUAUUUUCACACUUCUCGAAUGUGUCGGAGCAGGAGCCCAACCACCUAAGCCUAUUUCAGAAGAUUCAUCUUUGCUGAGCCAUGAGAUUAAAUCUGGCGAGGAAUAUCCUGAUAAUACUAGAGAAGACGAUGCCAUUGUUGAUAGAGGAUACAAAUCCGAUUCAGAGCUAACAAAGAGUACCAAACAUGACCAAGAGCAUCAAAAAAGUUUUGUUCCUGUUUCACCACUUGGAACGCCUAGUACUGGAGGUUGGAUACUGGUUGGUAACGAAGGUGAAAUUCAACCCGUCAUGGGCAGAACUGUGCCACCAACCCAAUAUGAACUUUGUUUGGAAAAGAACUUGGGAAUUCAUGAUCCUCGUAGUAUGAUGAAGUGCUGUGAAAGCCUUGCAUUUUUAGUUAGAGAUGUAGCUCAUAUAACACCGUAUAAUUUUGAUAUUUGUGUUCAUUGUAUCAGGACAUUUGUUGAGGCAAACGUACAGAGUUGUAACGGAACUAAGAGAUUCGCUAAUCACGAAUCUAGGCCACGAAUCAAAUCUAACCGAGCAAGAUUGAGGGUUUCCAGAAAUAGAAAAAGUCCGACAAGCAGCCCAGAUGAGGAUGAAGAAAGUGAAGAAGAGGGGGUACCUAGUGGCUAUCAUCAAAUUUCAAUACAGUUACUGGAUCUCAUGCAUACACUACAUACUAGAACUGCUCAAAUUUUCAAGUGGUGGGCUGAAGAAGGUGGAGAAGUUUCACAAGAAACAUCCUUGUGGUCCCAAGGUUGGUGUCCUCUUUUACAAGGAAUUGCUAGGCUUUGUUGUGAUUCUAGAUAUCAAGUCAGAACAAGUGCCAUAACAUACUUACAAAGAGCCUUAUUGGUUCAUGAUCUGCAAACUUUGAGUGGUCCAGAAUGGGAACAGUGCUUCCAGAGAGUCCUUUUUCCUUUGCUGAAUUACCUUUUACAGCCAACGAUGCCGAAAGAUGCUGGUUCAAUGGAAGAAACCAGGAUGAGAGCAGCUACUCUUUUAUCGAAAGUUUUCCUUCACCAUCUAACUCCUUUAUCAUCUCUCUCUACAUUCAGUAAUUUAUGGUUGAUUAUACUCGAUUUUAUGGAUAAGUACAUGCAUGCAGAUAAAAGUGAUUUGUUGUACGAAGCUAUUCCAGAGUCUUUGAAAAAUAUGCUGUUGGUCAUGGAUUCCGCAAAAGUAUUUGAUGGGCCUGAAGGUAGAAGUAUGUUGUGGAAUGCUACGUGGGAAAGAAUAACUAAGUUUUUACCAGAAUUGAAGAAUGACCUUUUCAGGGAAAUUGAGAGUGAAUCCCAGGCUAGUGUGGAAGACAAACUUCUAGAAAAUAUACGAAACACUCAACAGUCAUUUGAAACUAAAGAAUCAACUCCAUAUUCNAAAUGA